GCGUGAAACUUUCGGAGGAGGGGGGUGCCUAGUCGAUUUACAUCAAUCCCCAGUGCUCAACUGGUACAUAUCUUAUCGGCUCUUAAUGGAUGAAAGUCAUUUGAUUGCAGCCAUGCUGGAGCACCGCCUUGAGUUGAACAAAUUGACCCCAGGACUUAUUCUUUAAAUUUCUGAUAACGUUUAAGAAACAUAAAUCCUAAAAAUGAUGCACACUGAAAGAAAUUAUGACAAUCAGAAUGAUCUCAAAUUUCAACAGCUACUGAUUGAUGCUCUCUGAGAACAGAUGAUCUAUUGUAUGUGUGCUGAAUCACAAGCAGUCUCUUGUGGUUGUUUUCACUUAAAAGAAUCUAGUAGAAAUUAAGCAUAUGGUGAAUUGGUGGUCUGAAAGAGAUCAGUACAGAAACUAACCGAUCACAAUGGCUGGUCUUUGGACACGAAUGAAGACAUGGUCCAUUCUCCAUUUUCUGUUUUGUUACAUUCUUUUAGUCAGUGGCUUUAUCACAUGCUUCCUGAUGGCACUAACCUUAGUUCUCUGGCCUCUUAAUAAAGAUCUCUAUCGCAAAGUCAACAGCUAUUUAGCAUACCUGUGGUGGUGUCAGUUUACAUUCCUUGGACAAUGGUGGUCUGGAACCGAAUGUGUACUAUACAUUGAACCUUCAGAUUUACAAUAUAUCGGCAAGGAACAUGCUUUAGUGAUCAUGAACCACAAGUAUGAUAUAGAUUGGCUCAUGGGAUGGAUACUUACCGAGCGUUUUGGAAUGCUUGGGGGAUCAAAGAUUUACGGCAAAAAAUUUCUGAAAUAUAUUCCAAUCCUUGGAUGGAUAUGGUAUUUCACAGAAAGUAUAUUUCUAGAGAGAAAUUGGGACCAAGACCAGAAAACUUUAGUUCAUGACAUUCAAGAAAUUGCUAGUUUCCCACAAGAUGUUUGUAUUACCAUACUGCUGUUUUGUGAAGGUACUCGAUUCACUGAGGAGAAACACAGGAUCAGUAUGGAAGUUGCUGAGAAAAAGGGUUUCCCCCAUCUAAAGCACCACUUAUUGCCCCGUACAAAAGGAUUUGUGCUAUCUCUUCAGGCAAUGAAGGGCAAAAUCCCGGCUAUAUAUGACUGUACAGUCGCAUUUCGUAAGGAUGGUGCUGAACCAACUCUGAGAAAUAUUUUACAUGGACGCAUGUGUCGAGCUGAAAUGUAUGUAAGGAGAAUCCCUAUUGAUACAGUUCCUUACAACGAUAGCAAAGAAUGUGCCAACUGGCUCCAUAAACUCUAUCAAGAAAAGGAUAAACUAUUUGAUCAGUUCACUAUGCUAGGUCGUUUCAGUGGAGUCCAGAAACGUACAAUACCCCGACGUUAUUGGGAUUUGAUUGUCUGGCUUUGUUGGGCAUCAGUUCUCUGUCUGCCACUAUUUGUGUAUAUAUGGAAUCUUAUCCAAAAUGGAAUCACUCUUUACCAAGCUUUAUUUGUUGUCACUUUGACUGUAGUGGCUCGGUUUUUCAUGAAAUGGAGUAUUGGCUUGAGUGUUAUCAAGAAAGGAUCAGCCUAUGGCAAAAAGAAUUAAACUUCCCCACUUUAUAUAGACGUAUAAAGCAAGG